AUGGGUUCCAAUGGGCCAGAAGGAAAGCCAGAUGACGGACUAUCCGAGAUCAUGUUGGAGGCAGAGUCGUUCUUGACGAAAUUGCUCACGAUUAAUCCUCCAGUCCCGUCCGACCCUAUUGUUCGAAAGCUUAAUACCCAUGAGAUACAACACAUGCAACAUGAGGUUAUGCCCGAUGACCAUCCUCGAGAUCUUCCAUCCGUCCUUCAAGAAGCUAUGGCAGUCUUCGAUAACCGGAUGCGCCUCACCCACCCACAUUGCUUCUCCUAUAUACCAGCUUGCCCAACUCCCCUUGCCUAUCUAGGUGAUCUCCUCACUUCUAUCUGCAACGUAAAUGCUGCUAGUUGGGAUGUGAGCUCUGGUCCAAGUGCGGUUGAAAAAGCCAUGAUAGCCUGGCUGGGUGCCCAGCUGGGACUGCCAGACUCAGUUGGAGGGUGCUUUGUUUCGGGUGGCUCUAUGGCAAACAUGGCAGCUAUAAUUGCAGCCCGAGAUGAGGUUCUUCAGCCUAGGCAGCGAGGAGAUGCGGUCAUCUACAUUUCUGACCAGACCCAUAUCUCUAUUCUUAAAGCGCUACAUAUAACUGGCUUCAUGGAUUAUCAAGUCCACAAGAUACCCACCGAUGAUGAAUUUCGCAUAGAUGUGGACAUCUUACGACGGGCUAUCAUUACAGACCGCGAAUCCGGACGUGUACCCUUUCUUCUUGUCGCCAAUUGUGGCAGCACCAACACAGGGAGCAUCGACCCUCUCCAUGCACUCGCUGAUCUUGCACGAGAUGAAGGCAUAUGGCUACAUGUGGAUGGUGCAUAUGGUGCUUCCAUCGCGCUCUCCGACACGCAUCGCGAUCUCAUUGAUGGGAUCGGUCGCGCGGAUAGUGUUUCUUGGGAUGGGCAUAAAUGGCUCUUCCAAACAUAUGGCUGUGGAAUCGUGCUCACGCGUGACGUUCGUUCUCUUAGGCGCAGCUUCGCCGUGGAUGCCGAGUAUAUCAGCAGUACAUUGGCACCACGGGACAACACCAAUUUUUACAACCUUGGUCCAGAACUCAGCCGGCCAGCGCGUGCCAUGUCUCUUUGGCUCACCCUUAGAACCCUAGGUCGUCAGCGUAUGGGUGAAAUGAUCGACCAAGGUUUCCUUCUUGCCCGUACGGCCGAUGAUAAUAUCCGUCAGUACAAGAACUGGAUUAUUCCUGCUCCAACAGUUGCUAGCAUUGUGGUUUUUCGAUACGCACCUCCUGGGUUUGACGAAGAAGAGUUAGACAUAUUAAACAAGGCGAUUUCACAGCGACUCUUGUCGGAGAAUAUUGCUGCUAUACUCACCACCAAGAUUCGCGGACGGACCACACUUCGAAUGUGUGCCAUGAACCCCCUGGUGAAGCCAGAAACUAUCGAGGAUCUUAUACGCCAGGUUGAUAUCUUGGCCCAAUCUGAGGCUUCUAGGAGACACAAGACUUAUUCAAAGAUGGCUAAAAUGCUUCAUACGCAUUGUCAAGAACGCCCUGGUCUUGAUGUUUUUCAAGACGAUCAUUGA